CUUACGUAGUAUGUUACUUUGUGAUGUAACAUUAUUGCCACCUUCUCAUUUAUAUAAUCUCUCUUCUCCCUUCCCCCUCUCUCCCCAAAAAUCCUUCCUUCUCACUCUUCUUUUCUCUUACUUUUCUUUCUUUGUUUGUCACAGCAUAAUUACAUCAUGAGAGGCAACAACUUCUAUGGGGACGGCGGCGUGCGGCUAGAACUCACCCCAACCACCAACUCCCCUCUCGCCAUCGACGUCGCUGAGUCAACAGAGAUGAGAAUUCAACGUCUCAUCUCCGAAAACCCCGUCGUCAUCUUCACACGUUCGUCUUGUUGCAUGUGCCACGUCAUGAAGAAAUUGCUAUCUGCUAUAGGCGUUCAUCCUACUGUAAUUGAGCUAGAGGAAGACGAGAUCGCCGCCCUACCUGCCGGAGAUGACGUUAUUCCCGGUGGUUCCGGCGAGGCUCCGGCCGUGUUCAUUGGAGGGGCACGUGUCGGUGGGUUAGAGAGCCUCGUGGCACUUCACUUGAGUGGUCGUCUUGUUCCCAGGCUUGUGGAGGUUGGUGUCAUCAAUGAUGUGGUAUUGUAAAAUUUUAAGAAAUUUUCAUGCUUUUAUGAAUUAUGGGGCUAUAAUUUGUACUACUAAUCCAAUUGUCCAGAAAAAGAACAAAAAAAAAUUUCCCUAAGGAAGACAAAAAUAAUUAAGUGCUAGUGUUAAUUAGUUGUUUCUUGAUUUUUAGUUAAUUAGUACUCCAUUAGCUUUGAUAAGUAUUAUAUUUUUCGUGCAGUAUGAAAUGUUAUAUAAUAUCUGUAUUUUAAAGAUUAAAAAGAUGUUGUGUUGCUUCUUUCUCUUA